GCCGCUCUCUCGCUAAACCCCGCUCAACGCUCAGGACGCAACCAGAGGAGAGGCGCGCGGGGCGAGAACAACCUGAUUCUAUUCAACGGAUGGCAAGAGACAAGGGGACGCAAAAAUACGCGUGGGAAUAAACAUGCAUGGUGAAAAACGCUUCUAUUGAAGACUCAGUUCUUAUGCAGUUGAAUAGAUCGCGGUAAGAUUAGAGUUCUGUCGCGUUUUUAAGCAAGAAUUACGCACCACGCGCCUUUCCAUCGCAAACCAGCUUUUUACGCGCAGACCUUUUGGGGAUGAGAGAUUCCACCCGAGAUCCCAAAUCUGCAUUAUUCUCGCUCUAAAAUGCAAUCAAGGAACGGGAUCUUAAAUGACCUUUCUGCUGUCUGGAAUUUAGCAUGGAGAAUAGACGCAUUAAACACUUUGCCACAUGGUAACGAAUGCUUUCAGCUCUGUUCGUGGACCGGCUUGUUGGAGCAAGCUCUGUUGAACUGAACCUGGCUCUGAAACCUUGGAAGCGUGUAGGUUAGAGACUGUGCGUGAUAGCUACACCUGCGCACUUGUCCCACUGACGGAAACCCCUGGGUGAGUUUUCAAAAACAACGGCAUGGACAGUCAUCCCAGACGUCUAUCCUGCGUGUGAGUCACCGUGAGCAAACAUUUGGACAGGGAGCGCUCACGGACCACGUUUGGGUUGAGGAUAUUUAACAGUGCGUACUUUGCGCAAGCGGCGCAAGCACACGACUCCGGGACAAGGCUCGUUGCGGCUGCGGGAUUGGACCCCGGAGUGCUAAAUGCCCAGCCGGACCCCUGCGGCUCCUCAGGCUGGGCGGAAACAUGAAGUCCUGGGUCCUGCUGCCGCUGCUGCUGGCUGCGCUCUUAUCGGCCCGUCUGCGGCUCGGGAACGCUGAGGGCGAUCCACUCCCUCAGUCACUGGUCGACCUUGUGUGGGACUCUCCCAUCUCCUCAGUGGAGGACCUAAAGCUGCUGCUGCAGCAGGAGGCCAGUGCAAUAGAACAUACAGAGGAAGAGCAUUACCGUCUUCCAAGCGCCACCCAUGGCGGUACACUAGAAGUCUUGGUAGGUUUCCACGUCUUCUUCUAUUCCCAUCGAUGCAAAAUUGCCGAGAAGGCAGAAUGUAAAGUCCGAACAGAAGUAAUGGAAAUAACACGAUCCAUGUUGGAUCGCACCAAUGCACACUUCCUGGUGUGGCCUCCGUGUGUGGAAGUGCAGCGCUGUUCCGGCUGCUGCAACAGCAAACAGAAUCAGUGUGUCCCCACUGUUGUCUCCAGCCGAUACCUGCAGACUGUGUGGUGGAAAUCUAAACCUUCAGACAAUCUGGAACAUGCGAUCAUCACGGUGAAACCUGGUAGAGACAGUAUCAUGCUGUGGCAGUGCAUACGCAUCUUCAACCGCGCCAGAGAAGCCAGUCUGAGUUGA